GGGAGGCGAGUGAGCCGAGCGGUGCGCCAGACAGUCAGUGUUGUGUGCAUGUUCUAGAGUGAAGCCUGAGCGGCACCUCUCGCCUUCUCCUUCACUGGGCAACAUGUUUCUCUCGGUUUUAACGGCAUCGUUGGCCGUUAUUGGCUGCCUGGUGACUCAGACAACAUGCACUGAAGAUAGAGAUCUGCUGAUAGUGACUGUAGCAACAAAUGAGACAGAUGGAUUUAAGCGUUUCAUCCGUUCGCUCAAUAUCAAUGGCCUGCAAGUUAAAGUAUUAGGUCUUGGUCUUGCAUGGGAAGGAGGGGAUGUCAAGAAUGUAGCAGGUGGAGGUCACAAAGUUAAUCUGCUGAAGGAAGAACUCAAGAAGUACAAAGAUGAUGCAAAAAAGAUAAUUAUGUUUAGUGAUAGUUAUGAUGUCAUCUUCACUGGAGGCAAAGAUGCUAUUUUGGAGAGGUUUGACAAACUUAAUGCCCAAGUGGUCUUUGCUGCGGAAGAUUAUUGCUGGCCAAAUAAAAACUUGGCAUCACAGUAUCCAAGGGUAGCAUUUGGGUACAAGUACCUAAAUUCUGGAGGUUUCAUCGGCUAUGCACCAGAUGUUUACAAAGUUGUCACAGCACAUGAAAUUAAGAAUGAAGAAGAUGACCAGUUGUACUACACAGAAAUAUUUCUUGAUGAGAAGCUUCGUAAGCUUCAUGGGAUGAAGCUUGAUACUCAGGCUAAGAUAUUUCAGAACCUUAAUGGACAAUAUGGUGAUGUAUCUCUGAAAUUUGAUGAAGAUGACACAGUAAUUGUAAACACUGUCUACCAGUCAUCACCUGUUGUAAUUCAUGGUAAUGGUCCAUCGAAAAUUCUUCUAAAUUCUCUUGGCAAUUACUUGGCAAAGUCAUGGGUCUAUGGUCAUGAAUGCCUUGCAUGCAAAGAGAACACAAAAGAUCUAAAGCAACUAGAGAAGUCAGAAUACCCUGUUGUGUUAGUAGCUGUUUUUGUGGAGAAACCAAUGCCUUUCUUGGAAGAGAUGCUAGACAAAGUUGCCAGUCUUGAUUAUCCAAAGGACAGAAUACAUCUAUUUGUUCAUAAUCAGGAAAAACUUCAUGUCCAACUUGUGGAUGAGUGGAUGUCAAGGCAGAAGUCAGCAGGAUACCGUAGCACAAAGUUCAUAUCUGAAGCUGAUAACAUAAAGGAGUGGCAUGCACGCAAUCUUGCAGUGGAGCAUUGUCUCAAGAAGGAUUGUGAUGCAUAUUUUAGUGUCGAUGGCGAUAUUCAUCUAGAUAAUCCGGAGACUUUGACACACCUUCUAAGCCAGAACAGGCCAAUUUUAGGUGCAGUGAUGGUUCGUGCUGGCCAGGCCUGGUCUACAUUCUGGGGAGCCCUUAAUGAGGACGGCUUCUAUGCAAGGUCCAUCGACUACAUGGACAUUGUCAACAACAACAGAAG